UAAUUUUAAAUAUUAUAUUGUAAAAAAAAUACGGUUCUUUUGUAGGAAAAAUAAUGUUUUUCCUGCAAAAUUUAUAUAGGCGCGAUCGUUUAAUGCGUCCAAAUCGAAAAAAACUGUGUUAAAUAGGAAACAAAAUUAGUUAAAAAUCAUCCAGCAAAUAUUUUUUUUAAUAAUAAAUGAAAAUAAACUUGGCAACUAAGGGGUGCAGUAUUUGCAUAACAACGGAUUCGUAACGAGCACAUUACGCGGAAUUUUUUAAGUACAUUGCACUUUGUAAUUCUUGAUAUAGCUUCGCUGGAAAUAAUCAUGGAGAUGAGUUUGGUUUUGUAUUCACAAGAAUCAGUCGAUCGAGUUUGAUCAAUGUUUAAAGACGUCUGUAACCUUAACGUUUGUCGCAAUUUGCGACUUUGAAAGCUUUAUAAUACUGCAGAAAUUUCCAAUAGAAAAAUUUAAUAUUAAUUUUGAAUAUAACGAAAAUAUUAUGACGGAAUAAUCUUUGUUAAUUAUGAUAUAAUUAGUCUUAUAAAUUUAGUAAUAACAAAAUGGAAAUGGAUCCAGAGUUUUUAUCAAGGCUCAUCCCUCAAAAUAAAGAUGCUCGUCCAGCAUGUAAGAAAUGUGGUUAUGCUGGUCAUCUGACUUAUCAGUGCAGAAAUUUUGUAAAAGUUGAUCCUAAUAAAGAAAUAGUAUUAGACGUAAGUAGUACAAGCUCAGAUAGCGAUGAAAACUAUAUAACGCCAUUGACUGAGUUAAGAGAAAAAGAAUUAAAGAAGAAGUUGAAAGAAUCUAAGAAUAAGAAAAAAGAUAAAAAGAAGAAAAAGCGAAAAAAGAUGCAUCACAAAAAAGAUUCUAAUGGUGAUUCUAAUAGUGAUAGUUUUUCAUCUGACUCAGAUUCAGAUUCUGAAGAUGAUAAGAGAAAGCCUAAAAAGAGUAAAAAGAAGAGCAAGGACAAAAAACGUAAAAAACAUAAGAGACAAGAUGAUAAUGACUCAGAUAGUGAUCAUCGAUCUCACAAAAAGAGAAGAUAGUAGCUCAAAGCUAUUUUUAAUGUAUAAAUCGAACAAUUUUUAUUAAUGUAUUCUAUUUUUUAAAUACAUAACAAUUCAACAUUUAUAUUUCGUUAUUUUCAGAUUAAUUUUUAUUUUUGAUUCUUAUAAUACAUUAAUAUUCCAGUCAAAAGUUUGAAAUAAUUAAAUAGAGCACUAAU